CGGCUCCCUAGUACCCGCUCGCUCCUCCCCUCAGGUCCCUCCAACCGCCAGGGUUGUGCUUCCCUACCCACCCACUUCGCACUCUCCCACCGCCGACACGCUGCUCGUCUUUGCCGCCAUGCCCCAGCCACAGGCUGUCCACGGGCCUAGGCGCAGCGGCCCGAGAUAGGGUCCCUCAGCUCCCGGGGGAGGAGAGAAAGGAGCGAGCCGCGCGCUCCGCCCCUCCCCCCGGGCUGUCGUCGCUGUCGCCGCCACCUCGCCUCCUCAAGCCUGGCGGGGAGGAGGAGGAGCACCAGGCCUCCGGGCCCCGGCACCGCCACCCGCAGGGCAUUUCUGAUUCAUUUGCAUCCUUGAAGAGCAUCUGUAGAAGAGAAAGAAAAAGAUGGGUGUGAAAACAUUUACUCAUAGCUCCUCUUCCCACAGCCAGGAAAUGCUUGGAAAGCUAAAUAUGCUGCGAAAUGAUGGACAUUUUUGUGAUAUCACUAUACGUGUCCAGGACAAAAUCUUCCGGGCACACAAGGUGGUACUAGCAGCUUGCAGUGAUUUCUUUCGCACCAAACUUGUGGGGCAAGCAGAGGAUGAGAACAAGAAUGUGUUGGAUUUACAUCAUGUUACAGUGACUGGCUUUAUACCACUUUUAGAAUAUGCUUACACAGCCACUCUGUCAAUUAACACAGAAAAUAUUAUUGAUGUCCUAGCUGCAGCCAGCUAUAUGCAAAUGUUUAGUGUUGCUAGCACCUGCUCAGAGUUCAUGAAAUCAAGUAUUUUAUGGAAUACACCCAACAGCCAACCAGAAAAAGGUCUAGAUGCUGGACAAGAAAACAGUUCUAACUGCAAUUUUACAUCUCGAGAUGGAAGCAUUUCUCCAGUCUCUUCAGAGUGCAGUGUGGUAGAAAGAACCAUUCCUGUUUGCCGAGAAUCUCGGAGAAAGCGCAAAAGCUACAUAGUUAUGUCUCCUGAAAGUCCCGUAAAGUGUAGCACACAGACAAGUUCUCCCCAGGUACUGAAUUCUUCAGCUUCCUACUCAGAAACUAGAAAUCAACCAGUUGACUCUUCUUUAGCUUUCCCAUGGACUUUUCCAUUUGGAAUUGAUCGAAGGAUUCAGCCUGAGAAAGUUAAGCAGGCAGAAAAUACCCGGACUUUAGAAUUACCUGGCCCAUCUGAGACAGAAAGAAGAGUGGCUGAUUAUGUGACUUGUGAGAGCACAAAAACUACCUUGCCUCUGGGUACAGAAGAAGAUGUCCGGGUCAAAGUAGAAAGGUUAAGUGAUGAGGAGGUUCAUGAGGAAGUGUCCCAGCCUGUCAGUGCAUCUCAGAGUUCACUGAGUGAUCAGCAGACAGUGCCAGGAAGUGAACAAGUCCAAGAGGACCUUCUGAUUAGUCCACAGUCUUCCUCUAUAGGCUCAGUAGAUGAAGGUGUCACCGAGGGGCUACCUACACUUCAAAGCACUUCUAGCACUAAUGCCCAUGCAGAUGAUGAUGAUCGAUUGGAAAAUGUUCAGUAUCCCUACCAACUCUACAUUGCUCCUUCUACUAGCAGUACAGAGCGACCAAGUCCAAAUGGUCCCGACAGACCUUUUCAGUGUCCAACUUGUGGGGUACGAUUCACCCGCAUUCAGAACCUGAAACAACACAUGCUCAUCCACUCAGGAAUUAAACCAUUUCAGUGUGACCGCUGUGGGAAAAAGUUCACCAGGGCUUACUCGCUAAAGAUGCAUCGCCUAAAGCACGAAGUGAUUUCCUAGUACCGGACUACUUAAACCAGGAGCAAGAAGAGACCCUUGUUCAGUAUGAUCUUGGAGAACACAGUUUUGAAAGCAACUCUGCUGUUCAAAUGCCUGUCAUUUCACAGGUCUCCUCCACCCAGAAUUGCGAGAGCACUUUUCCCCUGGGGUCUCUUGGUGGGCUGUCAGAAAAAGACGACGAAAUGCCAGAGCAGCCAAAGAGCAGUGCCUGUGCUGAGGCAACCAGAGAUGACCCCCCAAAAUCAGAGCUGUCUUCUAUAACUAUUGAGUGAUUUUGUGGUUUGGCUUUGGGUUUGUUUUGUUUUUUUUUUAAGUGCCUGUGCUUAGUCUUGUACAUUUAAAGUUAAUUUAACUUUUUAAACAAAAGAGGUUUGGGAGAGAAUUUUUCUUUUUACUUUGGAAGCCCUGCAACUGAUAUUUUAUUCUUUAUAAGUGAGAAAGUACACAAUAAUAUGAUGUUGAAACAUAAUAGAAACUAGGAGACUUAAGGAAAACCAGUAGACUUAAAACAUAUGCCAGUUUUCUUCUUCCAUUGUAAAAGAAAAGUUAAUAAGGAGCAUUAGAUAAAGAAGAACUCAGAUGAUUAUUGACCUUCCUGAGAUGAAAGAGUGUACCACGAACAAAUUACUGAACAGAAUUUGACAGAUGGCCUGAGUGUUUACUCCUACAUUCAAGGAUAUUGUACAAUAUUUUGGAAAGCCUGUUGUUUUUGGAAGUAUUUAUGGUAUCAUUUUCUGAAACAUUACUGGGUAAAUACUUCUGAGAUCCAAUGGACUCUUUUUUUUUAAGCUUUGUCAUUUCUAUCAUAAUUUUUCAUGGUGAGAUACUGAUAUGGGAUAGACAUUUUCAGUACCAUUAUAGCACCAUUCACUUCUCCAAAUUAUCUUUCUUCUCUGAAAGAAGGCAAGGAACUAUGAUUGAGAAUAGUCAGCCGUGCAUGAAAUGACCAAGCAUGGAGACAUGCAGUGGCAAGUAUGUAAAUUCCAGCUUUAUAGGAACUCUUUUUAAUGUACUUUUCUGACUAACAUUGAUGUUUACCUGGUCU